CGAACAGCCUCCGCCCAAUUUACUGGGCGGUAACCAGGAAGUCCCGGGUUGACGCCAACCAACCAGUUGCUUCACUUCCUAAAGUCAUUUUGCAACGACGAAUGGGGUUGACGUGACAACAGAGAUGGAAGUGAACCGCUUGGACUUUUACAUCGGUCUCUCUCUGGCUGUGAGCUCCAGCGCUUUCAUCGGCGGAAGUUUCAUCCUGAAGAAGAAAGGCCUGCUGCGAUUGGCCAGCAAGGGAUCAAUGAGAGCAGGUCAAGGGGGGUAUGCUUACCUGAAAGAAUGGCUCUGGUGGGCAGGACUGAUUUCAAUGGGAGCUGGAGAAGCUGCUAACUUUGCUGCAUAUGCAUUUGCACCGGCCACACUGGUGACUCCUCUUGGAGCACUGAGUGUACUUGUAAGUGCCGUACUCUCCUCUUACUUCCUGAAUGAGAGGUUGAAUGUUCAUGGGAAGGUUGGUUGUUUGCUGUGCGUCCUGGGCUCCACAGUGAUGGUGAUCCAUGCACCACAGGAAGAGGAGGUCGCUUCCCUCAGUGCCAUGGCUGAGAAGCUCAAAGACCCAGGUUUCAUUGUGUUUGCUGUGUGCGUUGUUGGAAGCAGCCUGGUUCUUAUCUUUGCUGUGGCUCCGCGGUUUGGACAGAAGAAUGUGCUGGUCUACAUCCUGAUCUGCUCUGUGAUUGGCUCCCUCUCUGUGUCUUGUGUCAAGGGCCUGGGAAUUGGCAUUAAGGAGCUGUUUGCUGGGACAGCGGUGCUGAAGGAACCCCUGUUCUGGUCGUUAGUCAUCUGCCUGGUAAUCUGCGUCAGCGUUCAAAUCAGCUACCUAAACAAAGCCCUCGACAUCUUUAACACCUCCAUAGUCACUCCCAUCUACUACGUCUUCUUCACCACCUCUGUCAUGGCCUGCUCAGCCAUCCUCUUUAAGGAAUGGUUGAGUAUGACCACUGAUGGAAUAGUGGGAACAAUUAGUGGGUUUCUCACCAUCAUUUUGGGAAUCUUCCUCCUCCAUGCCUUCAAAGACAUUACAUUUAGUGGGGACUCCCUGCCACUGUACCUGAGGAAGGGUCCUCAGGGCUUUCCAUGGGGGCCCCAGCCUUACGUGGCUCUUCCAAGCCAUGACACACAAGCAGAGGAUGAGAUGAAGCUGCCCAGAGAAGGAGGCUCAAAGGGGGCGCGGGGUACACACCAGAGAGCUCCUUAAGGGGAACCGAUAUGUCUUACAGUGUCAGUACUAUAGAGAAAUUGCUUAUUCGGCUUCAAUUCUGAAGCUUGAAUGCAAAUUACAAUAUUACAAUGUGACAAGUUAGUUUACUUAAUUUAAAUUUCAAGGCUCUCCUAAACAAAGCAAUAUGCACUGGAUGAACAAAGUCGCCUAAAGUAAGCAUAAUGUUCCUGCCAGCACACUGGGUUUCAUUUAAAUGUGUACGCUCUUUUUGUGAAUUAUGUUUCAGCCACAUCUUUGCUUUGGUUAAACAAAACACAGGACAGAAUUAUCUGUAGUAUAAUUUAUAUCAAUGUGAAUGUCCGUUGCACUGCUGUUACAUUUCUUUUUUAGUAUAUAAAGUUUAAAAAAAAUAAUUGAAAGCUUUACAGUGCCUUCUGAAGACUAACUUUAUUCAUAAUUUUGCACUUUUAACCUUAGCAUAUAUGUACAUAUGUAUGGUUUUAUGACUACUGAAGGCAAAAAACCUGAUUUGCCCUAAAUGCCAUUCAAUCAUCUGUUGUAAAAAAAACACAUUUAAAUAACUCCUUUCUGUAAUACCUCAGUAUUGAAUACAAAUGCACCAAAGAAUGUAAUUUCCCUGUAUACAUGAUGUGCCAAAAAACAUGUGCCAACCUGUAACAUGUCUGUAAUUGUCAUUUUGUGAGUUUGAUGAUGCUGAUUAAAACAUAACUACAACAGUACUUGA